AUGGACGAUUUUGUUAGGAAGAUGCAAGCUUUGGAUGAACGUAUGAAAACAAGAACACCGGACGAACAAUUCUGGGUCAAUCACCAGCCUUUCCUUCGCUCGAAAGGCUACAAACUUCGACUAAGAUAUCAACCAAACUGGACUCCCUCAUGGACCCUUCCAGGAUCGAACUUCAAGUAUGGACACUAUUAUGAUUUUGAGGAUUCCUACGGGAUGUCUUGGGUAUGUGUUGUCUGCUAA